AUGACUGAUAUGGAUGGAACCCUCUUGAAUACAGAGGAUCUAUACACUGAGGCCACCUCUAGACUUUUGGCAGAAUAUGGAAAGGGUCCCUUGACCUGGGAUAUCAAACUUGACCUUCAAGGAAGACCUGGACCGGUCCUGAACCAAAUUUUAAUCGAGAAAUAUGGUCUCCCCUUAACUGUAUCUGAGUAUGCCCAGAAGGUUUAUGAAAUACAAAAGGAAAUCUUUCCUAAUUGUAAGUUCUUGCCUGGUGCUCUCGAAUUGUUAGAGUAUUUAGAAUCAAAUAACAUCCCUAUGGCUCUAGGCACCAGUUCAAAUGCUAGAGCCUUUGAGACAAAGACUGGCAACCACAAAAAGGAGUUUGACCGUUUCAGAAGCCACGUCGUCUUGGGUGAUGAUCCUAGAAUCCCCCAUGGAAAGGGGAAACCCCAUCCUCAUAUCUGGCAUGCAUGUUUAGAUAGCAUCAAUAAGGAGAGAGCAGAAAGAGUUCUUCCGGCUAUUGCUAUGGAAGAUUGUCUUAUCUUUGAAGAUGCCAUUCCCGGGGUUGCUUCAGGUCUUGCAGCCAAAGCUCAUGUUAUUUGGAUUCCACAUGUUGAAGCCCUCGGGGAACUUAAGGGUAAAGAGAAGGAGAUUUUAGCUUCUGGUGGUGACAUCCUCACUUCAUUAGAGCAAUUUGAUCCUACUAAAUACUUUUAA